CGACGGUUCAAAACAAGCCGUUAUCACGGUUCAUUCCAUAAGAAAUACAUGGGUCGAAAAACAUGUUUGAAAAAAAUUGGUUUUAAGUGCAUUUGUAUUUUUUUCUUAAAGUUCUAACUAUUAAAAACAUGUUCUUUACAAGUUUAUACAUAUAUACCGACCAAAAAUAUGAAGCUAAACGCUUUUUUCGUCAAUAUAAUCAAAGUGUAGUAUUUUGUAUUUCUAUGGCACACACAUUAUACCACAUACUCUAUGGAUUAUACACAAAUCAGUUAAGUAUUAUUAAUAUUUUUUACUAUUGCAAUUUUUACAUAGAAGUAUGUACUAUUUUCCCUCCAUUUUACAUAAUAAGUAUGUUUUAUUACUAUACUUAUAUAUUAUAUAAUUUGUUGUUUUUUUCUUUUUGAGCCAUUUGCUUGCCCUAAGCUUUGUUUCGGCGGUCUUCAGUGAGCAAAUAAAGUGUCAGAUUUCCUUUUUGAAUUAAAAAAUAUGACGUCAAACAGCAUCAUCAAGCUUUCGUGCAUCAUUAAUUUUAUUGAUGAUAAAAAAAUAUUUUCUAAAGGAGAAAAUUCUUUUGAAUGUGGCUAUGUCAAAAGUUUUAAUUACAUACCUGAUGUGGGUAUACUUAGUGGUCAAGUGCAUGCAAGUAUGAAAAAUAAAUUGUAUGAUGUUAAGAUAUUUUUCAAAGAUAAAAAUAUUGAACAUGCCAGCUGUACAUGUCCGACAGGUUUGACAAAAUGCCAUCAUAUGGUUUCACUUCUUUUACAUGGGCAUAAUAAUAUAUCUGUAACUGAUAUAUCAUGCAGCUGGUCAAAAAAAUCUGUAAGAGAAAAUGAUGAAUUAUUGAUUAUUGAUGAUAUUUAUGAAAAUAAUUUUAAAGCUGUUACUGAUACACACAAUAUUGAUUUUAAAGCUUUAUGCUUUGAUAAAUUAACAGCAACUAAUCAAACAGUUGGAUUUUCAUGGUUUUUAAGUCCAGAACCUCCAGUUGAAGAUUUAAGUGAUAUUCUUCUAUUGGAAAAUGUUCUUAAUUCUUCAGAAUUUAGAAAUUCUAAAAAUAGUGUUCAAAUGUUGUCUGACAUUUGUAAGUUAUCUUUUGAACAGGUUAAAGAUAUAGCUUCAAUGACCAUAGGGCUAUUUGCAAAUGUAAAAUGGUGUCUUUCUAGGAAAUUUCGUCUUACUUCGAGUAAUUUUCAUAAAAUAAUAAAAUCGGUCAAAAGUAAUCGAUAUCCUAAUUCACUUUUUAAAGGUCUCUUAGGAAAAUAUUUUGUGGAUGGAGUUAAAUCGAUUGAAUGGGGGAAAACACAUGAAAGUAUUGCAAUUGAAGAGUUUGAGAAGGCUAACAAUUCUAUUGUGACUAAAACUGGCAUUUGGUUACAUGAAUCUGGAGCUGACUGGGAGCCAGUCCAGAUGGUUUGCUUUUCGAUGAAAACUCUUCUUAUUGCAUUGAAGUUAAGUGUCCUUAUAAAUUUCGGAAUGAAGACUUAAAAAUUGCGCUUUCAAAUUCAAAAGAUUACAUCAUUUACUUUGAUAUAAAUAAAAAUGAUUUCGUUUUAAAUUCCAACCAUGAAUAUUAUGACCAAAUACAAGGUCAAAUGCACAUGACAAAAAUGUCAUCUGCAAUUCUUAUUAUAUGGACUACUAAAUCUUUAGUUGCUUUCAAAAUGUAUAAAGAUCCAAAUUGGUCAUCAAAUAUUGAUAUUUUAUUAAAUUUUUACCAUCAUAAAUUCAUACCUUAUAUUUUAACAGACAAUUAAUUUUUAUACAUAUCAAAAUUUAUAUCCUUCUAUAUAUUACAUUUUAUAUACUUGAAAUAGAUAGUCUAUAGUCUAGGAAUUUCUUAUAAAAAUAAUAAAAAAAAAUAUAUACUUGGGUUAAUUUCAUAAUACAAUUAUAACAA